GAAGGAACGUGUAGUACUAUAAGCGCUCUGCUUAAGCGGUCUUUCACACUUUCGCGAGCCUGUAGACUGAAGCUUUUACAUCCGCUUUCAAUAUAGCCCAACUGCUCGAUCAAAAGUUAUAUAGCUCGCUAUUACAUGAACGUACGGUAACUGGCAGGAUAAACAUGUUAACGCAACCACCGUUGCCGUAGGAUUGAACAGUUUAUUUGACCAUGGCGGACGGCGAGGAGCCACCAGCUAAGCGGCAAUGCGUUGAGCAAUCACACGUAGAAGUCACAGCUUCUCAGCCUGGUCAGAACGAGGGAGCGGUUGGGCAGCAGAACGCUGGAACAUUGCAAGCGACUUUGCACGGAGGGCCCCUGCAAGCUCCUUUUGAACUCAGACCACCACAAAGUUCAAUAUGCGAGCAACCUGCACCGAGGUUGCCUGCGCGGGAGGCCGAGCGAUUAGCGCCAGGCGCAUAUUCACAGCGCGAAGAAGCCCUAAUAAAGCGAGAACAGGACGGAGACAUCUCCUUCCGAUACGUCCUGAACAACGACGACCCACAGAACCUUAUACACUUGGUGGGCCUAAAAAACAUCUUUUCCAAGCAGCUUCCAAACAUGCCCAGGGAGUACAUUGUGCGGUUGGUAAUGGACCGGCGGCACCGCUCCGUGGCGCUGCUGAAGCGCAACGGCACCGUCAUCGGGGGCAUCACCUACCGCGCCUUCCACGCGCAGGGCUUCGGGGAGAUCGCCUUCUGUGCCGUCACCUCGCACGAGCAGGUCAAGGGCUACGGCACGCGGCUCAUGAACCAGAGCAAGGAGUUCGCGCGCAGCAUCGACCGCCUCACGCACUUCCUCACCUACGCCGACAACAACGCGGUGGGGUACUUUGAGAAGCAGGGCUUCACGCGCGAGAUCACCCUGGAGCGGGAGCGCUGGCAGGGUUACAUCAAGGACUACGACGGCGGCACGCUCAUGGAGUGUGUCAUGCACCCGCGGGUGUGCUUCACCACACUGCCUGAGAUGGUGCGCGUGCAGCGUCUGGCGCUGGAUGCACGCAUUCGGGAGCUCUCCAACUCGCACGUGGUCCGACCGGGGCUGGCGCACUUCGCGGAGCUGGGGAACUCGGGCGCGGCGCGGAGCGCGGUGGCGAUUUGGGACAUCCCCGGGGUGCGGGAGGCGGGGUGGACUGCGGAGAUGGUGCAGCCGGGGCCGCGGUUUCGGUUGGUGUUGGAGGAGGAGGGUGGGGCGGCGCGGGAGGCGAGUGCGGAGGUGCUGCGGGCGUUUCUGCGGCAGCUGCUGGAGUACGUGAAGGGGCUGGAGGAGUCGUGGCCGUUCAGGGAGAGGGUGGCGGUGGAGGAUGCGCCGGACUACUACGACGUGAUCAAGGACCCCAUCUCUCUGGACGUCAUGGAGGAGCGCCUCGCCUCCGCCAGCUUCUACAUCACCCUAGACAUCUUCACCGCCGACCUGCGCCGCCUCUUCGAGAACUGCCGCUUCUACAACGCGCCGGACACCAUCUACUACAAGCUGGCAAACAAGCUGGAGUCGCAGGUGAACACCUACCUCUCCAGCCAUGUGCUGUUUGAGGAGAAGGAGGGGGGAGCGGGCGCGGCACCGCACCAGCGGUAGCGGUGGCAAAGUAGCAGCAGUUCGUAGG